CGUCGACCAUUUAGUCUUGAGGUAGUAGUCGUGACGAGUAGACGUGCGCUCCGAGUUCUGACCUUUUGUUGGAUUAAACCCUACAAAAUCCACAACCAUGGGGGUCUGUUGUUAUACGUUCCUGAAGUUCCUUGUAAUGAUCUUCAACCUCCUGUACAUGCUCCUGGGAGGUGCACUACUUGGAACGUCACUAUGGAUGUACCUGGAUGGUGCAAGCAUGGCUCCGGUUACACAGGACAUAGAAGGCUAUAACUAUGUGCUGUACUUCCUCAUGGCAGUCGGGGCCGUAAUGUUCAUCAUGGGAUUCCUCGGCUGUUGCGGCGCCUUCCAGGAGUCCCAGUGCAUGCUAGCCACGUUCUUUGCUCUGGUUUUCGUUCUCUUCGUCGGUCAGAUCGCUGCUGGUAUUUGGCUGAAGAUCAACGAAGAGCGAUUCACAGAUCUGGCUGUAAAAUCCAUGGCUAAAUCCAUCCAACAUGAUUAUGGUACCAAUGAGCUCAAGACCCAGGCCUUUGAUGUUAUCCAGACUGAGCUCAAGUGUUGUGGAUCUGAGGGACCAACUGACUGGGCUGAUUCUCGCUUCAAUGGUGCUAAUGAACGUAGCGCCUUGGAGAUUGGUGUUGCUGGAGCCCUCGGUUCCUAUAAUGUACCGGCCUCCUGCUGUGUGACCAAGGGAACCACCUGUGAUGUUGCUCGCAAGAUGACCAUUGCAUCAGCAAUCCCAGGAACCAUCCACCAAGAGGGAUGUACUGAGAAAAUGCUGCAGCUGCUGCAAAAGUACAUGUAUGAAGUACUUGGUGUUGUGGGAGCCAUUCUGCUGAUUGAAAUUCUGGCAAUGAUCUUCUCCAUGGUACUCUGCUGUACUGUCCGUCGCAUUGACCACGUCAAAGCCUAGGAGGAAAAUAGCUCCCCAAUAUACGACCUGGGGAUGGAGAGCGAGGAAGAUGAUCCUACCGUCUAAGAAAUAAUAGGUUUGUUUUCCACCUUUAGCUUCAGAAAGAAUUUGAUGUAUAGUUUAAAAAAUAAUAAUUUUUUGAAUGAUCUAGGUGCUUGGAAGAUGUUAGCCAAGUAGGUGAAAAAAGCACAAUUAGAAUAUAUACUUGCAUUUUACUGGAAGGAUGUGUGGUCUAAAUGACUUAAAAAAACAAAUAUCAGAUACGUACUAGUUGCAGCACAUUUAUAUAGCUUGUAUACCUCUGUAAAACCCAGAAUACUCGGUAUCAAUGUGACCACACACCUGAAAGGAAUUUAAAUAGUUUUUCAUUUGAAAUUUGUCAUCUGUUUCUAACUUUUCCAUAGUAAUGCCAGAGGCUAAAAUAUGAACAGUCAUUUGCAUUUUACAGUAACUGUUCCUUCAUUGUGUUUAGUCAGUAUUAUCAUUCUAUACUGAUAACAGUAUACAGUAUUGAGAACAUAGAAAAUACAAUAGUAGUAGCAAAAGACUAAAACCUAUUUUUAUAUUUACUGGAUUAAAGAAUUAAUUUACAAGAAGUAAUUCUUAUCUAAGUAAGACACGAUGAACAGUUUUUAUGAACUAAAUAUUUGAUAUCAAUUUAUAUGUAACAAGGAGGCUUAGUUUUAUUAUUUUUUUAUAUUUUUAAAUAAAAAAUUUUGUUUGUUGAAGAACUGUAAAUGAAGCACAGAAAGUACAGACUUUCCCGAUAGGCUCAUAGUUGGCUGCACAAAAUGUAGUUGGGACCAGCGGGGUUGGUUACAAGACAAGACUUUGUGGACUUUGUUCCUUAUUUUAUGCUCUAGCUCGGGUAGUCAGUUAUACAAUUUAUAUAGCUGAUAUUUACUACCUUAGUGGAGUGCUAUUUGAGAUAAUCAUUGCAGUUAUAUGUGAUUUUAUUCUUGUUAUAGGAUUGCUAAGUUCAAACUAGUAUUUUAUUAUGUACUCAAAUAAUGCUGAAGUAGGAGUAGGGAAUCACACAUUACUCUGGCUAAAUAGGAAAACAUGUCAAGGAAUGUAUUGGUACAUUGGCUGGUUUGCACAAUUUCCUCCUGCCAGUGGUUUUAUUAUAUCUCAGACUGGUCAUGCGAGAACCAAAGCUCUUUUAUAAUUCAUUAAUUCUCAAUUAUGUUUGUUAGUCUUCAUCGUGAAUAUACCUCUGAGGACUUUCUUUUUUUAAGUUUUAGAAACCCAAGAGUGAGUGAUAGAGUUGUUGCAUGUUAGUUAUGGUUGGUAAGCCAGACCUUGACAAUACUGCGACCAUUAAACUUCUCUGUAAAUAAUGAAUAUUGAAAAUCCAGUUAACACACCAAACAUUUAAUAUAAGACAAGUACCUCUCAUGCACAUGCUGAUGAACUUCAGUGGUAAAAGAAGUGUUUUUGCCUCAUUAUGCACAUGCAUUGUGCAUCUACACAUCUAGUAUUAAAGAAUGGAAAUUGCAUAUUUCACUGUAUAUAUGUAAGCAUGUAGUUUACUUGCAUUUAGUACAUAGUAAUGUGUAUGUGCAGUGUAUUUAAGUAGACUGUACCUAUACAUCAUGAUACUUACACUGUACAUCUAUAUGCUGUACAUGUGUGCAAGUGCUCCUCUAAAAAGUAUCUGAAUACAUAUAACUUGGAUAUUAUGUGCUGUAAAUGGUGUGCAUGUGUGUGUGAGUGUGUGUGUGCACAAUGUAUUUAGCAUAUUGAAUGUGGCUGUUAAGGUCACCUUAUAACUUAGAUAAUUAAUUGCCAUUUUCUCAUAAUUUCUGAAGAAAAAUUAACAGCUGGGAGUGAGUGAAGCUCUGAUAACUUAUAUAUAUAUAUAUAUAUAUAUAUAUAUAUAUAUAUAUAAUAUAUAUAUAUAUAUAUAUAUAUAUAUAUAUAUAUAUAUAUAUAUAUAUAUAUAUAUAUAUAUAUAUAUAUAUAUAUAUAUAUAUAUAUAUAUAUAUGAACAAGGAAAAUAGGUGUUGGAUUAAAACCAAAACUAAUUCUAUAUUUAUACCCAUUAUGCCUUAGCUCCAAUUUGAAAUCAGUGAUAGAUACAUGUACGUAUAUUUAAAAUUUGGUGUACAAGAAAAUUGUAUUUGCAAAUUUGACGCUAGAUCUGUUUAGGGGACAUCAUAUUCAUGUCUCUCUUGUAGUACCACAGAUGUCAUAUGUGAGGGCUGGUAUUAAAUGUCACUUUGAAUGUGUUCCCCUUUCAUGGAUAUUUGGAUGUGUUUUUUUCUUAUUUUUUAUUGGUGUUGAAUAUCAGGAGUAGGAAUUGAAUAGUUUGAUUUUGGGGGAGAAGUAGAAACUUCAUUUUUCUUUGGAGAUAUGUGCAGUGCCAAUUAUUUUCAUUUCUCAAAGGAAAUUUUUUAAAUGAUUUCCCUAUGGGUACAAUUUAAUGUCUUGGAAGAUGGAUUUUUUUUUUAUUUAUUUUUUUUUGUAACUGAUAUUUCUGUUAGGAUGUAAGUUGGUAGUUUAAUAUUCCUGUAUUUUCUUGAUAUCAUAAAAUUAGGAAGAGAUACCUAUUUAUUAGACAGUGCAUCUUGGAAUUCAUAAAUAAGAAAGAUCAUUCAUAGAAAUCACCGAAGGUGAAGGCGGCUGCAGUUUUAAAUAUACAGUAUUUUUUUUUUAAAGGGAAGUGGCAGGACUUGAGACAUACAUUGAAUUUUUAAAUAACCUGGCUAAUAAGACAAGCUUAAGUAGUAAAACUUGAUAUCUCUCAUAACACUACACCAGUCAUAUGUUUGUACAAAGAAAGUUUAUGUAUUAUUACUUAGAGAUUUACAUAGCCAUUCAGUGUGUUCAUAUUAAAACUUAUCUUUCAGGUGUGACUAAGAGUAUUGUAGAAGCCUAGGAUGUAACUUUUUACAGGCUUUCUCAUUUCUGGAUGGAUAAAUAGUCUCAUAGCUUGUCAAAUUUUAAUUCAUCAAUUCCUAGUUUGUCACAAUUGUAGACUUUAUAUAUAUAUGUAUAUAUAUAUAUAUAUAUAUAUAUAUAUAUAUAUAUAUAUAUAUAUAUAUAUAUAUAUAUAUAUAUAUAUAUAUAUAUAUAUAUAUAUAUAUAUAUAUAUAUAUAUAUAUAUAUAUUCCAAGGUGCACCUCUCCUUUGUAAAUAAAACACAGUCUGUGCAUCAAACUGCCACACACAGCAUUUAGGAACCAAGUGAUAGGACUCCUGUCUAAUUUAUACUGUAAAGUUGAUAUUUAACUUGAUGGACUUCUUGGAGAGACUUACAGCCCACAGUUUUGUCGGAAUUACUGUACUAGAAAUUUAAGUGUUAAUAUUAUAUUUAAAUUUUUUUAUUAAAUAAACUUGGUCAAAUGUAGUUCUUUAAUAAACUGCCGACAAAAUGUGUAUUGUAGUAAACUCCAGCAAACCCAUAAAUUGACCUCUGUAGGGUUGCUAUUGGUUGCACAAAUGGAUACUCGGGUUUCAUGGUCAACAUAUAUCUCUGUCUGUUUAUGUAUUUUGUUGAUGUGCUCAUGGACUUGAUUCUGAGAAGCAAAUCAACAAAUUUCAAUAACAGACAUAUAGGUUGCAUCAUAAUCUUAGCAAUAAUGAGCACUGAGGCUAUGGGCUUCAUGAGGGUACAUUUUAAUAAUUACAACACACACAAAAUGUCCCGGGAUGAAAUCUGACCCUUGGGCUCCAAUUUCCUAAGUUAUGAAGACUAGACCAUGAAGCAUAACUUGGUGCUAGAUGCUCGUGCUGAUUACCCGCCACAGUGCUGACCUACUGUGGAGCCCAGCCAACAGCACACCACUUGCCAGACUUGCCACCAGUGUCUCAUCCUUCACAGACACACACACACACCUUCAUUAAAUGUGCUGGUGCUUGGCUCGCUCUCUAAAGUAGGAUCUGUCUCCGAUAUUGAUCAAUGUUAUUGGUUAAAGCAAUGAACAAUUUAAAGGGUCAGUGCUGUCUUCAUUGCUAUUCCCACGUCAAGAUUUUUGUGAUGUCUAUUCAUCAUCUUGUGAAAACUUCCAAACUUGUUUGUAAUCAUGCUAGAAUAAAUAAGUAACCUCAAA